AAAGCGAAAGGAUCCGGAGAAUUGCGGUGAUCGGACCUGCGAAAGGAAUCUUUGUUCAUCUUAACCAUUGUUUCGAGUUUUCUUAUAUUACAUACACAGAAUUAUAAAAUACAGAUACAUUUACACUGAAAGCCGACUAUUUUUUACAAAAUCGGCCAAGGGAAGACAUUUUUUUCAACUUUAUCGUACCGUCAGCAAUGGCAGCUACCAAAACGGAAGCAGUGCCGUCCGCUAUGCGAAAUACAAGCAAGGAGGGACUUGAGUCAUGGAAAUCUAAAUUGAAAACUCCAGCGAAGGACAAGCGCAUACAAACCACAGAUGUAACAGCAACUAAAGGAAACGAUUUUGAAGACUACAUGCUCAAAAGAGAAUUACUCAUGGGAAUUUUUGAGAAAGGUUUUGAAAAGCCUUCACCUAUUCAAGAAGAGAGCAUCCCUAUGGCUCUUGCAGGAAAACACAUAUUGGCCAGGGCUAAAAAUGGUACUGGGAAAACUGCUGCCUACCUGAUACCUCUUCUAGAAAAGUGUGAUGUGGAUAAAUCACAUAUUCAAGGGCUUGUGUUGGUGCCAACUCGUGAACUGGCUCUACAAACGUCUCAGAUCUGUAAAGAGCUAGGUAAACACCUUGGAGUGCAAGUCAUGGCUACUACAGGAGGCACAAGUCUUAAAGAUGACAUAAUGAGACUAUAUAAUGAUGUUCAUCUCAUUGUUGCCACACCAGGUCGGAUACUGGACUUAAUGAGAAAAGGGGUGGCCAAGAUGGAGAAUUGUCAAAUGCUUGUUAUGGAUGAGGCUGACAAGCUGCUAUCUAUGGACUUCAAAGGGAUUUUAGAAGACAUAAUUGCUUUCCUUCCACCCAGCAGGCAGAUUCUUCUUUAUUCAGCCACUUUUCCAUUUUCAGUAAAGGAAUUUAAGGAUAAACAUUUGGAUAAAGCCUAUGAAAUUAACCUUAUGGAUGAACUGACCUUGAAAGGCAUUACACAGUAUUAUGUUUUCCUGGAGGAGAAACAGAAAGUACAUUGCCUGAAUACUUUGUUUUCUAAGCUUCAAGUGAACCAGUCCAUAAUCUUUUGCAACUCAGUCCAACGUGUUGAAUUGUUGGCCAAAAAGAUAACAGAGCUCAAGUAUUCCUGUUACUAUAUUCAUGCAAGAAUGGAUCAGAGUCACCGCAACAAGGUGUUCCAUGACUUCCGCCAAGGAGAGACAAGGACUCUAGUGUCAUCAGAUUUGUUCACACGUGGGAUUGAUGUUCAGUCUGUCAAUGUGGUAAUAAACUUUGACUUUCCCAAAAACUCCGAGACCUAUCUGCAUCGCAUUGGCCGUUCAGGUCGUUUUGGACACCUUGGUCUUGCCAUAAACCUUGUCACUUAUGAGGAUAGGUUUGAUUUGUUCAAGAUUGAACAGGAGCUUGGCACUAACAUAAUACCAUUUCCCAAAAAAGUUGACAAGAAACUUUAUGUGGCUGAAUUCCAGCAACAGGAAGAAGACGAUGACUAGUUUCACCAAAAUUCCUGGUAGGAAACAUGCAACAGUUUUAUACAUCUUAAAAGUUUGGAGCUAUCUUUGAGAGAAUUUCUAAACAACUUCUUUAAUUGUGUAGCUACUCCAAUUGUGCAGGCAAAACUUCUAUACUUAAAUACAGGAAAAACAAACAUUAGCAAAUAAGUCGUUGAAACAAAGUUUCCAUGCAUUCCUCUAGCAAUAGUAUUUCUUCUGUACAUAAAGAGUACCAUGUACAGAAGAAACUCAUUUAAUAUAGUUAUCCCUAAACUUUGUUUCAAACACUUGAUGGUUUUGUAGAAUGUUUUCAUGGUGUUAAUUAGCUUGGUACUAGGGAUAGUGGAAACAGUGAUAAUUAGAAUUGUGUAAGACUAAACAUGGAACCAAAACUAAGUUUGCUCACCCAAGUCACUUAGCAGCAUGAAAAGUACAGUUAGAAUCAGUCACACUCAAUGUUUGAUUAUAUUAAAAUAAUCCAACAGAGAUUUAAUGAACACAAAAUUUGUCACCAUGGCAGCAUUAUUUGCAAAGGUACAUGUGAGAACUAUAUCUAAAUUAGAUUUUUUUCUGUGCUGUUUUGGAAGGGGACAGGUAAUUUUUUUUUACAUAUAUUUCUUGCCUUUCCCUUGAUAACAGUAGCUGACUACAUAUAACUAAUUUGGAAUUAUGUUGUGGCAAGUUUUCCCAGUAGACUUAAAUGUGAGUUUAAAAAGUCUUCUGCAAGCAAAUUGUCCUGGUGAAUCUGUUAGUUCCAUUAACUUAAACAUCAAGUAUUUCUGCCUUUCUGAUAUUCAGAAGGUCAAGAGUUGGUGUCUUUUGUUAAUUGCAGUUCUGUGUGCGUGUGUGUGUGUGUGUGUGUGUGUGUGUGUGUGUGUGUGUGUGUGACUUUGGUUUCAUUUACUUUCAUCCUACUUCACCAGCUAAAUGGUGUAAACUUGCUUGGGAGGUGUAAAUAAAUUCUUCCUUUUAUUCUUAAACUAUAUUACUGUAUUGCAAAAACAAGUGUUAUUUUUGAAGUAAAAAAAAAGUGUAUUUGCAAGAGCUCAGGAUUAAGGAAGAAUUUAAGAAAUUGUUACUUCUCAUCCAUAAUGGAAUAAGGUCCACUGAACAGCAAGUUGGGUUAGCAUUUUUAUAGUUUGACACAACUUAACCCAUGGAAGAGUAUGAAAAACAUAUCUGGGUCAAGUUAAAUGGGGGGGUUAUAGUUUUUAUUGGAGACAUGUUCUAUAGCUGCUAUUGGGAUGGAAGUAAUUGACUAAAAAUGUUUGUGUGCAGUCUGUGUAGUGAAAAUCCUUAACUCCAACAGAAGAGCUUCAAGUAAUGUGAAUGAAAUAAUGCUAGUUAGAGACACUUGUUUGAAAUUCUGAUCUUCGCGCAGGAAAUAGGAUGAUAACGUCUUUUUCCAAUCCUUUCCAAGUAGACCUCAAGGCAUUGCCUCAUAUAGUUAUACAAGGUAAACUUAACUGUAUAGCUAAGUGCUGGUAGCAAGAAGUCAUGGUGUACUAUUCAAGGAUUAAAUAAUCAAAUUACAUUGGUUAGCCUCUUUUAGAGGCUUUUUUCCUUUGAUUUAGGGUGCUAUGGAAUUCUGCUUAAGGUAGAAUAGAGAUAAGGUGCUUAUGUUUAGAAAACAGGAAUUGAAGAGGUGUGGCUGACGGAUGAAGAUGUUGUUCUAUGAUCUGAAUUAGUUUGGAGCUUUUGAUAAAGUGUCUUAGUUCAGUGUGCAAUUAUUUAUUUGUAAUUAAUGUGUACAUAUGUAUAUAGUGCAAAUUCUAAUUACCGUAUGUCGGAAGAUUUAUUUUCAGGACAAAGUUUUGGAUGUGAUAAACAAGAUAGGAACUUGUAACAGAGAAAUAAGAACAUUGCAAAAAAGUCAACAUUA